AUGCGUUUGUCUCUCCGACGUCGACGCGUCCCCGAGGCCUCUCGCCGGGAAUAUCACCAGCAGUCUCGGCAGCGUCCCAGGAACCCUCAGGGUUCCAAGAUACAAUGGUAUUCCAUUCCCGUGAGCGUUGGCAUCGGCGUUGUUGGGUUCCUACAUCUCUACAAGUCGUACAAGACGACUGGCAAAGAUCUGGAGCCUGUGAGAAUCGAACAGCAGGAGCAGAAUGAACGUCCGGAGAUUCAAGAGGAAAGGAGCACAAAACGGCCCAAGAAACGGCCUAGGGUACGGCCCGACGGACCAUGUCUUGAUGAGGUAGCAGAACCCGAUCUUCGCAGCUAUAAAAAUUUGGCAGCAUUCUUUUACCGGACCCUUAAACCUGGAGUACGACCCUUGGACCCUCGACCGGAUGCGUUACUCUCUCCUUCGGACGGACGAAUUCUUCAAUUCGGUCAGAUAGACGGCAAUGACAUCGAACAGGUAAAAGGCAUGACGUACACAAUUGAUGGUCUCCUUGGAAAGCACACACCGCCUCCCAGCAUCACGCCCUGGCCGUCCGAUCCUCGAGACCCGAACGACAUGGCGAAGGAUGAGGUGCUGGUAAACGAGCACGAAGAAUUCGCGAGACUGAACGGAAUCUCCUACACACUCCCCAACCUCUUCACUGGCCAGGCAACGAACGGACGCAAGGGAUCGCUCAGGGAUCAGGCCGUGAGGCGAGACUCCGAAUCUGCUGUCGCCGCGGUGGAGGCCGAUCUUGCCCGUGGCGAGCCUCAGUGGUACGACAUGCUCUCCCCCGAUAAGCAGACCGUACUCUACUACGCCGUCAUCUAUCUUGCCCCCGGAGAUUACCACAGAUUCCACUCGCCCGCAAACUGGGUAGUCGAGAGGCGCCGUCAUUUCGCUGGUGAGCUCUACAGCGUAUCGCCCUAUCUGCAGAGGACACUUCCCGGACUCUUUACCCUCAACGAGCGAGUGGUGCUCCUUGGACGCUGGCGGUGGGGUUUCUUCAGCUACGUCCCCGUCGGCGCCACCAACGUAGGAUCCAUCAAGAUCAACUUUGAUCGCGAGCUCCGCACGAACAGCCUCACCACGGACACGGCCGCCGACCGAGCUGCCGAGGAAGCGGCGGCGAAGGGCGAAACCUACCUCGGUUUCUCGGAGGCGACCUACGCCUCCGCCAGCCCUGUCCUGCACGGUCACUGCGUGCGACGAGGCGAGGAGAUGGGAGGGUUCCAGCUGGGUAGCACCAUUGUACUUGUAUUUGAGGCGCCGGUAGAGAAGAAGGAGGAGGAUGGCACGCGCAGCGGGUGGGUUUGGGAGGUGGAGAAGGGCCAGAAGAUUAAGAUGGGCCAGGCCCUGGGUUACACGACGCGGGUCUAA